AUGACUGCUGUGGCAUCUCCGCCUAGCGUGCAAUCAGGGCCCCGCCUGGGAUGGUACAGUUCUGGUAACGGAGGACAAGGAGCCCUGUCUUCAAUGAACGACGAGGUGUCACGAAUGUUCAUGCCGCGAAAAAACGUCCAGCGAUCCAAUUCUUCCUCAUCUCUGUCAUCGACCUCGUCCACUUCCUCUUCAUCCACCAUACAAUCGAGCCACCACCAGGAUACUAAUGCAGCGCAAAGUAAUCACGACUGGUCAUUGAAUACAUCGGGAUCAAAGAGAAAGCCUCGGAGCCUCUUGCCUCCAUCAAAGGCGGAGCCGGUAUCCGGAGUGACCACUGCGCGUUCCCAAGCAGUACCUGCCUUGUCCUCCUCCGGGCUCACGGCCUCCUCAACGAUGUCCGCUAUCCACCAAUCACCCUCUAUUGUUCCGUCGCAGCAUCUGCUCCAGUCGUCUCAACAGAAUGGCAUUCGCCAGAGCAACGGCCCGUCUGCAGAGCCCCCGGCCAUCUUAACAUUGCUGCCGAUAAACGCCACUUUUGAUAAGAAACAAAUCAACGUCCCAUAUUAUCCAGACGUCUUGCGCGUCGGACGCCAGACCAACGCCAAGACCAUUCCAACAACCGUUAAUGGCUUCUUUGACUCAAAGGUGCUUUCCCGGCAGCACGCCGAGAUCUGGGCCGACAAGACUGGCAAGAUCUGGAUCAGAGAUGUCAAGUCGUCCAAUGGCACAUUUGUUAAUGGGCAGCGAUUAUCUCCAGAGAGCCGCGAGUCGGAGCCUCAUGAGCUACGCGAAAAUGACACCCUGGAAUUGGGUAUUGACAUCGUGAGCGAGGACCAGAAAACAAUCGUCCACCAUAAAGUAUCCGCGAAAGUUGAGCAUGCGGGGAUCUACGGGACGAGCCCGAAUAUUCUCGACCUGAAUUUCGGAGAUCUAGAUCCGUCCGCUGGCGGUGGUCUUCUCCCGCCCCCCCUUAGCCAGCCUCUGUCGCAUUUUCGUGGGAGGGCGGGGAGCGCGGCGAGCAAUCGGAGUGUGCAGAGCUCUGCCAGCAGCCAAAUCAAUGCCAUGCAUCAACAACGUCAAAUGAACUAUUGGAAUUCCCCCAUCACUAUCGAACAGGUGGUGAAGAGGCUUACGAAUGAAAUGAAACAAGCCAAACAGCAAGCGCAAGACCUUCGUCAAACCGAUGAGUUCUUGACAACGCUGACCAAAUCUGGAGGUCUGGAGAAAGAGAAACCGAAGCACUCGCCAUUGGAAAGCAAUGGUCCUCGUCUGAUGAAUGGGCGGCCGAAGAUGCCUCGUGUCGAUUCCAUGUCCCGGUUCUCCGACCCCCCUGCACCCCCUCCACAACAGCCUCUUCCGGAGAAACCAGAUGCCGCAAUGUCACCGCUGAAGCGAUCCGACACGGAGAAGCCUAAGCUUGGUGCGAAUGGCUCUCCGGUAACUCCGGUCACGCGCGAAUCCAGCCAGAUUCUGUCUCUCAUCGAAGCCUUGUCGUCGGCUAAACGGGAACUGGAUACACAAGGGGCUCGUGUUAAGGAGCUCGAAAACAUGCUGCGUCUCGAACGAUUAGCACGCGAAAAUGCGGAAGAAAGAGCCAGACAACUUGAAGUCCAACCUGAGUCGGAAGGCGAAACGGGAAGCAAAGCGGUGCCCGAGCUUCCGGCAGACAUGGAAAAGGUGAAUGGGGUCCAGGCUCAACCUCACGACGAGACCCUUCAGCCUAACGGGGCUAUCGAGCCUGCUGAGCUGGUUGAACAGCCAAUUGAGCCGAAUGGAGUUGACCUCGUUGCUGAAGCCGAGGCCAAGAAACUGCAAUACCGCCUGGAAACGAUGAUGGAGGAGAUGCAGGAAAUAAAGCAACAAGUUGAAGAGUUCAAGAAACGUGCACAGACGGCGGAGGAGGAAACUAUCCAGGCACGCAAGUCGUUGGCAGAGAUGAUUGAAACCUUGCGACAGGAGCGUGCGCAACGUACGGAGACGGCAUCCAAAGAACUCCCUGCUGGUAGCACCGAGACCGAUGAGGUGGAAUCUGAGCCUUCCCAAACAGUCUCCAGAGACUUGACACAACAACAGAACGGAAACGAUCUAGUUGCGGAUACCGACUAUUCGGUCAAGUUGUCUUCAGACGACAUGGAUGAUGCUAUCACAACACUUGCGACACACAAGCAUACGUUGUUGGAACAAUCCAGCCCGUAUGCAUCGAUGCUGGGCGUUGUCCUUCUGGGAGUAGGCUUGAUGGCCUACCUCAACGGAUGGCAAAAGCUAGACAAAUAA